CGUUAAUAACAGCUGGGUGGCUGGGGGAGGGGAGAAGGUGGCCCCAGCGGAGUCUGGGCGGGCGCCUCCCACUCACCCGCGAGCCGCCGUGGGAGCCGGAGGAUGGCGGCGGUAGCGGCGGCCGCCCGGGAGGAGGCGGUGCCGAGGCCCCGGGCGCAGAGCGCGGUGGCGGCGGCGGCAGAGAGCGGCAGCGACCCGUCGUGGCGCACCAGAACCGAAACCAGCGGCAGCCGCACAGCCACCUGAGCCGCUCCUUCCCGCCGGAGCCAGCGAGCGGCGCCCGCCUAGCCCGCAGCCGGGCCCUCUCUUCCUCUCCGCCUCGCCUCGUCUCUCGCGCCCCCGUCAGGCCGCCGGCCUCUCCAGCCUCCCCCGAGAAGAAGAGGGCGCUGGGUGCCGAUCGCCCCUCGGGGCGCCGGGCGGCGGCCCUGGACGUGCGGGGGCCUCUCUGGGCCGGCCGCGGCGCCUCCGCCCUGCCCUCUCGCUCCUGCGCUCGCUCCCGCCCUCCCCGCACUCGGAGCGCAGCGCGCGGGCCCGGCCCGGGGCAGGGCGGACAUGGGCGCUAAGCAGAGCGGCCCGGCCGCUGCUAACGGCCGCACCCGCGCGUAUUCAGGCUCGGAUCUACCUUCCAGUAGCAGCGGAGGGGCCAACGGGACCGCGGGCGGCGGCAGCGGGGCUCGGGCCGCGGCCGCUGGGAGGUUUCCGGCUCAGGUGCCCGGCGCGCACCAGCCCAGCGCCUCGGGCGGCGCCGCGGCGGCCUCGGCGGCCCCGGCCGCCCCGCGCAGCCGCUCCCUCGGCGGGGCCGUGGGGAGCGUGGCAUCGGGGGCCCGCGCUGCGCAGUCCUCCUUCAACAUCCCCAACAGCAGCAGCGGCCCGUACGGCUCACAGGACUCGGUGCACAGCAGCCCCGAGGACGGCGGCGGCGGCAGGGACCGGCCGGCGGGCGGGGGCCCCGGCGGGCCGCGCCUAGUGAUCGGCUCCUUACCAGCUCACCUUUCGCCGCACAUGUUUGGAGGAUUUAAGUGCCCUGUAUGCUCAAAAUUUGUACCCUCAGAUGAAAUGGAUUUGCAUCUCGUGAUGUGUUUAACAAAGCCAAGAAUAACUUAUAACGAGGAUGUACUGAGCAAAGAUGCUGGGGAAUGUGCAAUAUGCCUUGAAGAAUUGCAGCAGGGAGAUACUAUAGCACGGCUGCCUUGUCUAUGCAUAUAUCAUAAAGGCUGCAUAGAUGAAUGGUUUGAAGUAAAUAGAUCCUGCCCUGAGCACCCUUCCGAUUAAGCAUCAGAUAAUGGUUUUAUAGGUUUUCUUGUCUUCAGGAUGCUUAAAAAACUGAGAGGAUAAGAAGAUACGUCUCUGAAGAAACAAAACGUGGGCAUACUCAGCCAGAAGUCUGAGUUUUGUGAGACUUGGUAAUACAGAGAUGGACAAUCAUAUAGGAAAAAAAAACCCUGCUGAGGAGAGGACAGUUACCACAGAACUCAGUGUACCAAACAUGCAUAUCAAGGACACACAGGGAUUUUGAAAAUGCUGCACAUCCCUUAAUAGUCAUCUACAUAGGUAAUACUGAUAAACGUUUUGUAUUCAGACGCCAAAGUUAACUGAUUUAAAAGUUGAUUUACUUUUUAUUACGUUCUCUAGAGCUGCGCAACUAGUUGUGUUUUGAUCUGUUUUGUUUUUUAGUUUGGGGUCUCUUUAUUUUCCCCAACAUAGUGUUCCUACAUUCAUCUAUUCGUAAGUUGAAAACCACAUAAUUUGCAUCUUAUAAAUUAAAGUCUUAAAUGUGAAACCAAGAAAUGUAAUCAAGCAGUAAAAGCAUUCUCUGAAUGUAGACCAUGAUGUCAAGUUCUUCCAUUUUUCUUUUCCCUAAGAGUGAAAAAUAAGACUUCUAUAUGGGAAAGGUAAAAUAUGUCAAAUAUUUUUAAUUUGAAGGUUUAAUAUUAUCAGAAUGCAGUCCAAAGAGUAAAUCAAGUUACAUAAUUACAUCUUAAUUAAUUAAAUGUAGAAUUGUCUACUGAAUUUCAAUUCAUUAAGUAUAUUGUUUUCUCUUAAAUAAAACUGGUCAACAGGUAAUCAGCAGUGAAUCAUCUUGCAGCUAUGCAACUUUUUAAAAAAAUACAAAUUGCAAAUUUUAAGUGUUGCCAGCUACAAUAACUUUGUUUUAACGGGUACUUUUUGUUUGUUCUUUUCAUGUCAUGAUUUUGUUGUGCUUUGCAUUCUCCAGGUAGUUUUCCCACAUUUGGGUAGAAUGUUAAGCAGGUUGUAAACUUAAGAAGGAGAAGGUAAAAUAAAAUUUUUUGGAGUGGAAUUUUGAAUAAUUCAAGGGAAAUUUUGUAUACUUUUAAACAUCAGAAUUUAAUUGGGAUGCCAGAUUUAUAGCAAUUUGCAUUUUUCUGGAUAAUCUGGUUAGCAUUUGAUAAUGAUUUUUUCAAAGCAAAUAUGAAGAUUUUGUUAAUUUAUAAUUUAUUAAUACGUUAUUUCUGUAAUUGAAAAUGUUAUAGAAAGAGUCUUAAAUUCAGUUUCAUGUAGAGAGAAAUGUGUUAAACAAAAUUAUGUGAAUAAAUAGUCCUACAAAAUACAUCUGAAUGAUUGCAAAUACUGGAAGAGAGCUGUCAGGGCUACAAUAGUGAGUGUCUUUUUUGUUUAAUAUCAAAAAUACCAAUAAGUAGAUUUCCUGUUUUCAGCAUAGGGAAAAUGUCAGUGACUAGGUAGUGCACUUUACUUGGUAUAACUGAAAGCUGCACAGUACUGUUUCCUUUUUUGAAGCUCUCUUUAAAGUAUUUCAAAAUUUGCUUUUUUAUUUAAUGCUGCUAUUCUUCUCUAAUUUUUUUCCCCUACUUCAUUGCUUCUGUUUCAUAUUUUUGAAAGGGCAAGUACAGGAGCAAUUGCUGCUACCCAGAAAAAUUUGUGUAUUAUAAAUAAUUAAAAAGUUUUUAAUUGCUUUCUGU